AUGGACCAUUCUCCCUCUACUGGAAGUGUUAGUUCGAUAGCAUCAUCUUUAAAAAAAUCGAAUGAUAGUCACGUACUCAUUCGCGGUCACAAAUACAAUUGUCUUUACACAAUUCCUCUUGCAAACGUGAUUAAUCCAGGUAAUAAAAAAUUAAAACGUAAUGAAGAUGUAACGUUUAAACUGAAUAUGCAAUCCAGAGAACAACUGCGUGGAAAAAUGCUGUUAUUUGGUGAUGAAACGUUAUGUAACGAUCAGAUGCAAGUGAUUAAUGAAGCUGAAUGUUUAGACAAUGCGAGUACGUCUAACAAGGAAAAUGAAGCAUUCCAUGAAACACCUUUUCCUGGUCAAUCGGGUGGUGCUCCAUUAGAUUCGACGCAGGUAAAACAGAAAUCGAUGAAACAUAACAAACUGACCGAGCCAAUAAGUAAAGAGCAACAAAUUACCGCUGAAAUUAAAAAACAGAAAGAAAUCAAAAAAGCUAAAUCAUCGGAAAAACAACAACAGGAAGCUACGAUAAAAGAACAAAGACCAUCCUGCAGCGGUCAGUUGAAAGGAAAACAAAAACCUGCAAAAAAGAUAAGUCACGGCUUAAAUACAGAACAUCGUGUAAGUGAUUCAGGACGGAAAGAAAAACGCGAAAGCGAGAUGCGUCGUACCGAGACGCGCCUAAGCGCGUCACGCCCGGGAUGUUCUCUUCAAAAUGGAAGUAAAGUGAGAGCUUGA